GAUAGGACUCCUCAUUGACCCUCACACAAUCUACACUAGUGAAGAUUUGACAGGAAGAUUCAUUAUGGCAGUCAUGAGAGCUCUUGUGCUUCUUUUCUUGGUCUUUUCUGUUGAGAGUGCACCAGCUGAAAAGAAAUGCCCACAAGGAUGGACACCUUUUGACGUGAAAUGCUACAAAUUCUUCCGUAAUUUUGUUGACUGGGCCAGAGCUGAGAAAAACUGUCAAUCCGUUGGUGCAAAUCUUGCAUCUGUGCGCGGUACAGAGGAAAACAACUUUCUCCUGAGUCUGCUUAGUUAUCCUGACACACGUGUUUGGAUUGGUGGUCAUGAUGGUGAAAUUGAAGGACAAUGGCUGUGGUCUGAUGGAUCUCAAUUUCACUUUACCAACUGGUGCCCUGGAGAACCUAGCAAUAAUGAUGGUAGAGAGCACUGCCUGGAGAUAAACUUUAGCAAUACCCGUUGCUGGAAUGAUGCGCCCUGUUCAUACACAAUCAGCUACAUUUGUGCCAAACCUCUGGGAUCAUGAAAAAUCUGUCAAAGUACUAUGAUUUUACUACAUGCCUAUACAUUUUUUUUCUGAUCUUAUCCUUUAAACUCAGUAUCUUACUGAACCUUUCUGAAAACUUCUCCAAUCAAUAAAAGCAUUUAUAAAGCAAAUUGUGUGCAUUGUGGAGU